AUGCCGCGCUCCUUUCUGGUCAAGAAGGCGGCCAGCACCCGCGCGCCCAACUACGGCCAGCUGGAGACGCGGCGCCCCGAAUCCAAUGGAUCGUGCCCGACUUGGCAAGGGCUGGCGUUCCCCCUGCUCAUGCCAGAUGGGGCGGCUCUGUCCCCCUGUGACUCUGGCCGGCUCUGGGACCGCAACUGCAGCUCCGUGGUUGCCUGCCUGUCCUUGCCUCUUCCGCAGAGCAGCGAAGCCAAAGGAGACCCUUGUGGCUCAAGCCCUCCAGCUGUGGCGGGUGGGGACACCACCCCAUUGGGAGGCCGACUCUCAGGUCCCCCCCUCCGGGAUAAUCUGGACAACCUCAGUCUUCCAUCUGCAUUUGGACUGCCCUCCAAGAGGACUCUCAUUCGGGGCAGCCCAGCAGAGGGAGAAGGGGAGAAACUACUGGGCGAGCCCAGUGGGGCGGCCGACCCGCCAGAGAGAUUUGAGUGUCCGGACUGUCGCAAGUCUUUCCACGCCUUUUCGGGCCUGGCCAGGCACAAACAGCAGCAGUGUUGCAAGCUGCAGUCGGCGGCCAGGAAAUACUUCAACUGCAAGUACUGUGACAAGGAGUACGCCAGCUUAGGUGCCCUCAAGAUGCAUAUUCGCACGCACACGCUGCCCUGCGUGUGUCGGAUCUGCAGCAAAGCCUUCUCGCGGCCGUGGCUACUUCAGGGGCACAUCCGGACUCACACAGGUGAGAAGCCGUACGCCUGCUCCCACUGCAGCCGAGCUUUUGCGGACCGCUCCAACCUCCGCGCCCACCUGCAAACUCAUUCUGACAUCAAGAAAUACCAGUGUCACGCUUGCUCCAAGACUUUUUCCCGGAUGUCCCUGCUGUUGCGCCACGAGGAAGCUGGAGGCUGCCCUGCAACCUGACCUGGGUUGGAGAGGGACUACCUGAAAAACUGACUGUCCAGGACGUGAGGAGAAGAUUUGCAGGGCAGGAGCUGUGGCUGCUUUGCGACGCUCGGCCUCUGCCCCAGAUUGCCCUGAAGAAUGCCAGGCAAGGCCUGGGUAGCUCUCAGAUCAGGUGAUGAGAGGAUGCGGGCAAACUACCAAAGAGGAUGGUUCUGGAUUUUGGCACUAGUCUCCUGCUCUGGAAGGGCUGAGUUGAUCCAUCCAAACUGUGCACUUUACAAAGGUUUUUGUCUGCUAGGUCACCAGGGCGGCAGGGGGGUUCCUCCUGCCCACAUGGUGAGUUCCAAUGGCUCUGUCGGGGGAUUUCCACUUCCCUGUAGUUUCCCUGCAUUCUCAUAGUUCUGUUCUCUCCCCCCCUCCCCCCCAC